AUGGGACUCGAACAGCAAUCCGAUGUGCUAGGAAAAUGGUAUUAUCCAGCGGAACGCACGUUCGACAACGGGGUCAACCCCUUUGAAGAGCAGCGCAAGCGGAAGAUGGGGACUCUUAAGCUUCAGCUCGACUACGUUCUGGCGAGGAACAUUCCUCAGUCAGAUAUCCCAAAAUCUAGAGCUGUUUGGGACGUCACGUUCGACUCUGACCACCGUCCAGUUUUUCUAAGCUUCAAGAUACGGUUCCACAAGAGAAACCGAGAAGCUCCUCUUCAACCGAAAAUCGACAUGGCAGGUUUGAAAGGCGAUGAAUGCAGAACGAACCAGGAACGAACGGACCAGGAAGAAGCUCAGCGAUGCGGAUUCCUUCACAAAGUGCAUCCAGGACGCUGCAAGGGAAACGCUCCCGGUUCUAUUGCCGCAGAAGAAGUUUGCAUCUGCGGAAACAAAAUCCAGGAAAAGCGUCUUAGAAAGAAGUUGCGUCGUCAACAGCAACGCGAUAACGAGUGGACGUCAAGAGCGAUGGAGUUUGAGAAGGCGUGGGAGGACAGGAACCCGCGGAAAGCCUAUGCUCUACUAAAACAGUAUAGCCGCAAAAUGGAAAGAUGUCCCCCCUGUCCUCAACACUGCCAAUGGGCUCCUUCAGCUCCUGAACUCGAACACGUUCAUAGACCGAAAUGUGCGGUUAACGAGGAGCCACCGACCGAGUCGGAGGUGCUCGUCUGUAUUCAAAAAAUGAAGAAUGGAAAAUCUGGUGGAGACGACGGGAUUAGCGCAGAAAUGCUAAAAUAUCUUCCUCCGUCUUGGAUUCAAACAACGCGCGACGAGCAAGCUGGCUUUCGUCCUGGCCGAUCUACGAUUGACCAGGUGUUCAUCGUCAGGAGAGCGAUCGAAAUCUGGCAGCGGUAUUCGAAGCCAAUGCAACUAGCGUUUCUGGACUUUGAAGCCGCGUUCGACUCUGCUCACUGA